AUGUGCAACUUGAUCGGUGGUGUUAUCACCACGGUGGUGGGACUCGUGCUGGUGGGAGUGAGCUGUUAUCUGGGCUUCGGACUGGUGCCUAACAUAGUCGACGACAUAAUUAGAAGCGAAGUACAACUCAUUAACGAAACUGAACAAAUGGACCGGUUCGAAGAGGUGCCGUUUGCGCUCACUUUUAACGUGCGCGUCUUUAACAUAACGAAUCCUGAUCAAGUUCUGCAGGGCGGCGUGCCCGUUGUCAAGGAAAUCGGUCCCUAUGUCUACACUUCACGCCAACUACGAGUGAUAGAAGAAAUGGACGAGGAUAAUAUCACGUACCGCCGCAUGGACAUCAUGGAGUUCGACGAGCAGGCCUCGUAUCCUUUCACACCCGACGACAGGCUGACCAUCGUUAACGUCGCAUACCACGGCAUCUUACAGACGGCCGAGCGGAUGUUCCCAAAUCUGAUGGGAGCUAUGGCAGCCGCUUUGAAUGGUAUCUUCGGAGAAAAUAACGGUCCCAUCAUGACUGUACGAAUCGGGGAUUUGUUGUUCGACGGUAUCCCUAUCUGUAAGAAUCCAGGCCUCAUCGGAGGUAUAGCGUGCAUGCAGAUCAGGUCUUUGGCCGCUAACGUGAGGAACAUAGAGGAGAAAGAUGAUGGUUCCUUGGAAUUCACCCUUCUACGAUACAAAAAUGAAAAUCCUAGUGAUCAAUACGUAGUUAGCAGAGGGAUAGCUGACGCUUUGCAGUUAGGCAUAAUAUCCUCUUACAAUGGGUCAGCCUAUCUCGGGAACUGGAACCAGGACACGGAGGCUGAAGAGUUCGAGACCAACGUGUGCAACAAGAUCAGGGGCACCGACUCAGGCGUAUUCCCUCCUUUUGUUAACCGGUCCGAAUCGAUAUAUGCUCUUAACAUGGAUAUUUGUAGGAGCGUCGAGCUGCGUUAUGAAGGUGAUACUUCAUACGAAGGAAUUCCUGCGGCGAGAUUUGCAGCCAACGAAUGGUUCCUGGACAACAAUGAGGGUUGCUACUGUCUCAACACGACCGCCGGCAUAACAGCCGAGAACGGCUGCCUGCUCCACGGCGCCAUGGAAUUGUACAGCUGCGUCGGAGCUUUCUUAGUCUUGACUUAUCCUCAUUUCUUGUUCGCGGACUUCAGGUACAGGAACGGCAUCAUUGGUGUCAGCCCUUCAGAAGACAAACACAAGAUUUUCGUUGAACUGGAGCCACGCACGGGGACCGUCGUCCGUGGAAUGAAGCGAGCGCAAUUCAACAUAUUCAUGCGUCAAAUUACUUCGAUCCCUGCGACGGAAAAUUUGCGAACUACGCUCACGCCCCUGGUUUGGGUGGAGGAGGGCAUGUCGCUGCCCGAUGAGUACGUGGACAUGUUGAAGACACGACUGCUACAGAGACUGAGGCUUGUGGAUAUCCUCAUACCUGUUAUCAUCGCCGUUUGCUGCCUGGUGGUAGUCAUCGGCGUGGCUAUAUUAAUACGUUCUAGGUCUGUGAGAAAAAAAGGUGACGUCACUAACGGUAGAGAGAGCAUACGACCUGCGACGUGAUUAUUUUAUUAUUAAUAAAUAUGUUAGCAUUGUUACCAGU